AUGGUUCUCUCAACUCUCAAGUCAGCAAAGGUGGUCGCCCAUGCUGAGGAAACCCGGCAACAGGCCCUUGCGGAGACACCGGAAUUCGAGAAGGUUUCUUGGACCAAGGACCCGAAUAUUCGCAAGCUCUACAUUAACUGCGCCUUGGGUCUUCUGAUCGGUUCUGCAACCACCGGUUAUGAUGGAUCACUCCUCAACCUCUUGCAGCAGUACGACUACUGGGAGAGUUACUUCGAUGACAUUGGAACGGACCCCGACAAGUCUAAUCUCCUCGGCCUCUUGACCAAUAUGUUUACCAUCGGCUCCAUCCUCUCCAUGUUCACAGUGCCGACAAUCACUGAUCGAUGGGGUCGCAAGCCCUGCAUCAUCCUCGGCUGCCUCUUCAUGAUCGUCGGUGGUGCCAUCAACACUGCCGCACAAAACUACGGAAUGUUCUGCGCUGGUCGUUUCAUUCUCGGCUUCGGCAACUCGCUCAGCCAGCUGACCUCGCCAAUGUUGUUGACCGAGGUUGUUCACCCUCAGCAUCGUGCUCCCUUUACCACCAUAUAUAACUGCUUGUGGAACUUGGGAAGCUUCUUCUGCAAUGCCAUCGGUUUUGGCCUCUCAUAUGUGAAGAGCGACUGGUCGUGGCGAACCUUGACUCUCUUUCAAAUUGUGCCAGCCGUCAUACAGCUUAUCUUCGUUUGGAGAGUUCCUGAAUCACCCAGAUGGAUGAUCUCUAAGGACCGCCACGAAGAAGCCCUCGAGACCUUGGCUAAGUGGCAUGCCAAUGGUAACGACCAAAACCUUACAGUACAAUUCGAGUUUCGCGAAAUUAGCGAAACACUUCGGCUUGAGAAGCAGGCUAAAGAAACAAGCAGUUACAUGGACUUUUUCAGGACCAAGGGCAACCGCUGGAGGCUUGCUAUCAUCAUUUCUAUCGGUAUCAUCUCACAGUACAGUGGUAACGCUGUCAUUUCCAACUACGCAAAUUUGAUCUACAACUCGGCUGGAAUCACAUCACAGACCCAGAAGCUUGGUCUCACCCUUGGGAACACUACAUUGAGCUUGAUUGUGUCCAUCGGCGCUGCGCUUACUGUUGAUAAGUUUGGACGACGCCCGCUCUUCUUGACUUCUGUUGUUGGUAUGGUUAUUUCCUUCACCAUUUGGACUGCCCUGGCCGGCCGAUAUGAAUCUUCCGGUGGGCAGCAGGGCUUCGGUAUCGGCCAGAUUGUCUUUGUCUGGAUCUUUGGCAUCUUCUACUCCAUUGGUUUCUCGGGUCUUCUUGUCGCCUAUACCCUCGAAGUCCUGCCUUUCCAACUGCGCGCCAAGGGUGUGAUGAUCAUGAACAUUACGGUUCAAGCCAUUCUCGCCCUCUCGGCUCAGACAAACCCUCUCGCGAUUCACAAUUUGCCUCAUGCUUGGAACUUCUGGCUCCUCUACACACUUUGGGACUUCGCCGAAGCUAUUUGGGUGUAUUUCGUAUUCCCAGAAACCAAGGGCUUCACCCUCGAAGAAGUCGCCAAGAUUUUCGACGGCGAGGAGGCUGUGGCUCAUAUCAGCAUGGAACAGACUGCGAAGGAGAUCGAGAUUCACCACAACGAAAACACCGACGAGAAGAACGUAUGAGCUUAUCAUGGUCCCAAGUGACAGUGAUCUCCUGGAUGCAGCAAGCAGGCAUCCCGUACUGCCAUGGGUCGUUGUCGCGAAAUGACUUCAUCGUACUACGCAAGGUGGAAAACAAAGCCAGCGAGAGGGGCAACGACUAAUCUGUGCACGCUCCUCUCCUUAAUUGGUGUAUGCCACAUAAUUUGUUCUGUGCACAGCGCUGUGGUUGUCCAUUUUUCUAUAGCUAUUCUAUGCACUACUGUUC